CACGUACAAAGUGGUAAUCCAGCACAAAGUGGUGAGUUUGGGCAUGUAAAACAGGGUUCUAAGCCAUACACGUAGUGCUGUAAGUCGUACAGCAUCGCCAAGAUUAUACAGAAGGGAAAGGAGCCAAGACAUCCCAGCAGACAUGACCCAAUCAGCGAUACUCCGACUUGGCGCUCGAUUGGGAAACUGUAGGUUGCUUCUAAGAUCACCUAAGAUAUCAAGUUCGUUCUUAAGUAAACGAGAUAGCAAGAAGCAAGAGGCUCGUAGAAUCUGCGUCGGAGUAUGCAACAGGCUUGUAGGAGAGUGCUGAGCUGCGAUAAGGAUUCCCAAAAAUGAACUUUUGCAGUGAGAUGCAGAUUGAGAAAUUAGGGUUUGUUGGCAAAAGUUUGGUACAAAUAUUAGAUGGCACGCGUUCGGUGAAAAUUUAGAGGAGAAAGUUAGCUGAAACUAACCUUGGCUGAUUGGGUGACUACGGUACGACUUUGUAUUUGUUUAUGUACAUAUAAUAUAAUGACCAUGUUUUGGAAUACAACUUGUCAACCAUUCUUCCUCUAGCAAGAAGGAGAAGCCAUGACAGUCGUUGAGCUCCUCUCCCUCUUCUCAAUUCUCUUCAUCGUAUUUCUUCUUCUCCGACCCCUCUCUGCCUCCAAAUCCCAAACCCUACUCCCUCCAAGCCCCUUUGCCCUACCCAUCAUCGGCCACUUCCACCUCCUCAGCCCUCUCAUCCACCAAUCCUUCUACAAACUCUCCCUCCAGUUCGGCCCUUUAUUCUAUCUCCGCCUUGGCUCUGUCCCAUGCAUCGUCAUUUCCUCCCCAGACCUCGCGAAAGAGUCCCUCAAGACCCACGAGCUCUCCUUCAUAUCCCGCUUCCAGUCCAUCUCCAUUGAGCGCCUCACCUACAACUCCUCCCUUGCAUUUGGACCCUAUGGACCUUAUCAUAAAUUCAUCAAGAAGCUCAGCCUGAACGAGUUUCUAAGCAGCCGUAGCGUCAGCAACUUUGCUUCGAUUCGAACCCAAGAGUACGUAAGGCUUUUGAGGCUGUUGGCCAAGAAAGCUGAGAGUGGUGAAGCAGUUAAUCUCACUGAGGAGUUACCAAAGCUUUCCUACAAUGUGAUCGCAAAAAUGAUGUUGGGGAAUUCUAAGGGGUCUAGUAGUGCUGAAGGCAGAGACGAGGAGGCUAGGCUUGUGGUGAGAGAGGUAACAAGAAUUUUUGGGGAGUUUAAUUUGUCAGAUUUUGUUUGGUUCUGCAAGAAGCUGGAUUUGCAGGGAUUUGGAAAGAGAAUUGAAGACACUCAUCGGAGAUUUGACGCGUUGGUGGAGAAGGUUAUUUCAGAACGUGAAGAACUGAGAAAGAAAAACAUGAAAAAUGAAGGAGGCAAUGGUGGCGAGGAGGUGAAGGAUUUUCUUGACAUUUUGCUCGAUAUACUGGAAAAAGGGAGUGCAGAGUGUGAGGAGGUGGAAUUUACAAGAGUGCACAUCAAGGCCUUAAUCAUUGAUUUCUUCACGGCAGGUACAGAUACAACCGCCAUUUCAAUGGAGUGGGCACUAGCAGAGCUCAUCAACCACCCGAAGGUGCUGGAGAAAGCAAGGGAGGAGAUUGAUCGAGUCGCUGGGAAUAGACGGCUAGUUGUAGAAUCAGACGGUCCAAACCUUCCAUACAUACAAGCCAUCAUAAAAGAAACACUGAGACUGCACCCAUCUGUGCCUAUGAUCCCAAGAAAGAGUGUACAAAAGUGUAACAUUGGAAACUAUGUGAUCCCAGAAAACACAAUGCUAUUUGUGAAUGCUUGGGCCAUUGGAAGGGACCCAAAGUAUUGGGAAAAUCCUUUGCACUUUUACCCUGAAAGAUUCUUAGCACCACUCAGUGGUGGAGGAGAUGGAGCGAGUGCAUUAGAUGUUAGGGGGCAACAUUUUCAGCUGCUUCCGUUUGGGACUGGGAGGAGGAUAUGCCCUGGUUUAAACCUAGCCCUGCAAAUGCUGCCAGCCCUACUUGGUGCAAUGGUUCAGUGCUUUGAUUGGAAAGUUGUUGGGGUAAAUCAAAAGCAUACGAACGGUGAUGAACGUGUUCUGGAAAUGGAUGAACGGCCAGGAGUGACAACUCCACGAGCCCAUGAUUUGAUUUGUAUUCCAGUGGCACGUUUUGAUCCCGAGUUUUAUCCUUAACCCAUAAAGCAGGUGAGCAGAUUGUAAAUGUUUGAAGACUCUGAUCAAAAAGAAGUUUGAGGACUUGAAGAGGGUGUCAAACUUAUUGGGCAAAUUUACCUUUUCUAUUUACAAUUACAUGAAAAUGGAUAAAUAAUGUUAUUUCUAUUCUUAAAAGGGGUGCAAGAAAAAACUCUCCUUCCGUGAGAGACAUUUUCUCCUCUGUGAGAGUUUUCUUUUCCCCUUUGGUGAGGGUCUUCAUCUUGUCUACCUUCUUAGGCGCCGACUCCGACUUCGGCUGGAGUCGGUUGCCUCCUUUCCUUUGCUUCUUCUGUUUUCUUCUCUUCUGCCCUUCUCUGCUGUGUUCUUCUCCUCUUUUCUUCUACUACUUCCUCCUGUUUGUUUCCCAAUUUGUUUUGUCUCUUACCCCGCUGGUACGCCUCAUUCUUGUUUAUCCUUGGUUCGAUUUUCAGCCAUGUUUCCUAUUGAGAUUGUGUGUAGAGCUCUAGUGGCUCGGGUGUUUCCAGCACCACCACUUUCUUGUUGCUAUCUGCCUUUUUCGAUAGUGUUGUUUGUGGGUCUUCACGGAUUUCAUCUUGAUAGUUGGCUUCUUUGUCUUUGUUGCUGGCUAUCCUUACUCUAUGGAUGUGCUCGCGGAGCAGAUCGGAAUUGGAUGGUGCAUUUGAUGAGGUGUUGCUUGGUUGUGGGUGAGGAUUAGAGCAGAUCGGAAUUCUCUAUGGUGGCAGAAGUAGUGGAUCUUUCUAGUUGCUGUCUGUUAUGUUUUGCCUUUUGGGCCGGCUUUGUUUGUUUGGCCCUUUUGUUUUUCAGUUUGUGUUUGGCCCUUUUGCUUGUUUAUAAGUUAAUUUUGGGCUCGUGGGUUGUUCCUUUGUUUGUGUUGCUUUUUAGCGUUUAUUUUGAUAACAAAUAACAUUCUCAUGAUUGUUUGAUUUAGAGAAUCAUAAUAUAAUAAAGAUAAUGAAUUAUUCCCAUUAUGAUGUUUGUGUGUGGUAAAUGAUGUCACUAUAUCAUUGAAAUGGAUGAAUAACUUUUUACAUGUAAGAAACCAACCCCUGCCCUUAUCUGUCUCUCUCAUUAAGUCAUAUGUCACCCUAUUAAGUUUUCAUUUUCGACCCAUAAAAAUCAUAAUAAGUACUUUUAUGAUUAAGGCUUACUUAAGCCUCAUGUACAUUACAUGAAGUCUCACUUUAUUUCUACAGUUUGUCAUGUCUCACUUUGUUUCCUGUACUCAUCCAUUGUGUUUCACUUAACUCUAUUUCUUUAAUUGGGUCAAAGAGACGUUAGUUUGGUUGAUUUGACAAAGGCUCUUUGAUUUUUUCAGUCAAUUUUUACAUUUGGGAUAUCUUAAACCAUAAAAAUUACCCUAUGUGAUUCUCAAAUUUCCUUCUUAGCAACCCUAAACAAUAUUAUCCC